AUGGUCAAAAAAGUUCUUCUUAUCAACGGGCCCAACUUGAACUUGCUCGGAACAAGAGAGCCCGAGAAAUACGGCACCACCACCCUAAAAGACAUCGAGAUGGAAGCCCACCAGCAAGUGGCCAAGCACCAAGACGCAGAGUUGUUCACCUACCAGAACAACACAGAGGGGUUCAUCAUCGACCGCAUCCAGGAAGCAAAGCAGCAAGGUGUCGGUUUCAUCAUCAUCAACGCCGGCGCCUACACACAUACCUCGGUUGGAAUCCGAGAUGCCUUGUUGGGCACGGCCAUUCCGUUCAUCGAGGUGCACAUCACCAAUGUCCACCAGAGAGAGCCCUUUAGACACCACCUGUACCUUCUGGACAAGGCCAUUGCUGUCAUUGCCGGUUUGGGCGUCUACGGGUACACUGCUGCCAUCGAAUAUGCAUUGAACUACUGA